AUGUCUGAUCUGCUGGCUUUUCCCCGGAUGUCCUUCCUGUUGCUUUGCAUUCUGGGUAUGAUCUUGGUGACAUCUGGCUUUCCUCAGCAUCGACUUCAUCUCAGAAGUGAUUCAGAGGAACCUAAACGAGAGGAAUGGGAUGUCCUCUUCCCCUCCAUCUCUCUCCGUGAUUGGAGCAUUGAAAUGAUGUCAGCGCCCAGCCUCGGCGCAGCAGCCAAUAGCAAGGCAGGACUGAUGAGAGAGGCGUGGCUGUUUGGCCCUGAGAGGGCAGAGAAAAGCGUGCGGGGGGCGUGGCCUGCAGAGUGGACGCACGGUGCCAGCAUGAAGAGGAACAUGGUGGUGGCGGACGACGCUGCCUUCAGGGAGAAGAGUAAACUCCUCACAUCCAUGGAGAGACAGAAGUGGCUCAACUCCUACAUGCAGAAACUACUGGUAGUGAAUUCAUCGUGAUAGUUCAGUCCUCACGGCCUUUAUUCAGUCCAUCAAACCACUUUGGCACGCUGCAGUGGCAAAACGCUUUUUGAAGGGAUCCCUGGGUUACUGCAAAGCUCAUAUCAAGUCAUCAACAACUGCUGUAUUAUAACUGCU